AUGCAUCUCUCUAUCCUCUCUCUCGUCUCUGCCCUCUCUGCCACUCUAGUCUUGGUCUCCCCCCCAGUCUCUGCGUCCGUCAUCCCCGCAGAGUUCACCAACAAGACGUACCUGUCCGGGAUGUUCUACGGACACCGUCCCACCCGGCCCCUGCUCAACCACAGCUGGAGCCAUGACAAUGCCACCUGGGCGUACAGCAAUACCUCCUCUCACGGCCUAAUCCGCCGCGAGGGCGAGAGUGAGAGUGAGGCAGACGCUGACGCAGAGAGCGCCUCCGUCCCAGAGCGUACGCGUUGUCUAUCCACUGAUAACUGUGUAUGGGGUUACACCUGCGACGAAAAGCGCGGGAUAUGCAAGUACGGGUGUACCGAGGACGAGCACUGUCUCAAGCCCCAGACCUGCUCCAUGGGCCGCUGCACGCUGCCAAACGACAGGCCGUGUGGAGCGGUUAAGAGGCUUUGCGCUGAUCAUAGAGAAUGCUGCACCGGUCGAUGCGAGCGGUUGUUCUGGCCGUUGUGGAAGAAGUGCGAGAUUGACCUUAGCAACCGCGACAAGCCGCGUAUCAUCUAA